AUGCCUCAAAGAGAGUUCUGCCCUAAGGGGUACCAACAAGUCGCCUCGAGCGCACAGAACGAUGCUGCCGUGCAUCUGCGCAGCUCCUCCGGCAAGACUGCCUUUGACUUCUCUUUCGAGGCCGUUCGCCAGAAUCUCUUCCGGGUGACCUUCUCUUCUGCAGAGCGUCCAAUUCCUCCCUACCCCAACGUCACCAAGCCCGAGACCGAUCUCAAGGGACUGAAUGUCUUUGCGAAGGAGGAAGGCUCUUCCAAGACCAUCGACGUGGCCGGCGUCACCGCAAAGGUGGAAUGGGAACAAACACCGGUCGUUUCUCUCUCCUGGACAGGCUCCGACAAGCCUCUGCACCGCGAUCUGCCUCUGCGAUCAUACGUCGCCGAUGGCCCCGGUGUUGCCUACUACUCGGUGCACGACCGCAAUGCUCUCCACGUUGGCCUAGGCGAAAAGGCUGCGCCGAUGGACCUCACUGGCCGCAACUUCCAGCUUACCGCUACCGACUGCUUCGGUUACGAUGUCUACAAGACCGACCCUCUCUACAAGCACAUCCCUCUCCUGAUCAAGGCCACACCGGAAGGCUGUGUCGCUUUGUUCUCUACUACCCACGGUCGAGGCUCAUGGUCUGUUGGUUCCGAGAUUGAUGGUCUUUGGGGUCAUUUCAAGAUCUACCGUCAGGACUAUGGCGGUCUGGAGCAGUACAUGAUCGUUGGAAAGACCAUCAAGGACGUUGUUCGCUCAUACGCCGAACUGGUCGGUUUCCCACUGCUGGUUCCCCGUUGGGCCUACGGAUACAUCUCCGGUGGUUACAAGUACACCAUGCUGGAUGACGCUCACAAGGCUCUUAUCGAGUUUGCCGAGAAGCUCCAAGAGCAUGGCAUUCCUUGCUCUGCUCACCAGAUGUCGUCUGGUUACUCUAUUGCUGCCGUGGAACCCAAGGUUCGCAAUGUUUUCACCUGGAACAACGAGCGUUUCCCAGACCCCCAGGAUUGGAUUUCCAAAAUGCACGAGCACGGUAUUCGUCUCAUCACCAACAUCAAGCCAUUCCUGUUGGCUUCUCACCCUGACUUCCAGCGUCUUAUCGACGGCCGUGGAUUCUUCACGGAUCCCGAGACCGACAAGCCCGGGUACAUGCGCCUGUGGAGCGCCGGUGGUGCCACUGGUGGUGAUGGCUGCCACAUUGAUUUCACAUCCGAGGUUGCUUUCAAGUGGUGGCACGACGGUGUCCAGAGCCUGAAGAAGGUUGGCAUCGACGGCAUGUGGAAUGACAACAACGAGUACACUCUGCCUAGCGAUGACUGGACUUUGGCUCUCGACGAUGCGAUGGUCAACAAGGACGCGAAGAAGGCUGCUGAAAACAGCGUCGGUCAAUGGGGCCGUGCCCUUCACACAGAGCUUAUGGGCAAGGCUUCGCAUGAUGGUCUGCUGGGCAUGGAGCCCAACGUCCGGCCGUUCGUCCUUACUCGUAGCGCUACCCCCGGCACCAUGCGCUACUGUGCCAGUACUUGGAGUGGUGAUAAUGUCACCAGCUGGGAGAACAUGAAGGGUGCAAAUGCUUUGUCCCUGAACGCCGGCAUUUCCCUCCUACAGUGCGAAGGACACGAUAUCGGCGGCUUCGAAGGCCCCCAACCCUCCCCCGAACUCCUCCUCCGCUGGAUCCAACUAGGCUGCAUGUCCACCCGUUUCGCAAUCAACUGCUUCAAGACCUCCCCCGACAAUAACGCCGUCGGCGAAGUCAUCGAGCCCUUCAUGUACCCCGAGAUCACACACCUUGUCCGCGACGCCAUCAAGCGCCGCUACGAGAUCCUGCCUUACAUCUACUCCCUCGGACUCGAGAGCCACAAGGACGCAUCACCCGUGCAGCGCUGGGUGGGCUGGGGCUACGAGUCCGACCCGGAAGUCUGGAACAACAAGACCCUGAAGGAAGGCGAAGAGCAGUUCUGGCUGGGUGAUUCCAUCCUCGUCGGCGGCGUUUACCGUGCGGGCGUCACCAGUGCAAAGGUCUAUCUUCCCCGUAAGGGUGGCGACGUCUUUGACUACGGCUUCGUCAACAUGAACGCUCCUUACAACUACCUUGCCGCCGGCCAGUGGGUGGACAUCGAGUCGCAGUGGUGCGAGAGCAUCCCCCUUCUCGCCAAGGUCGGCGGUGCCAUCCCCGUCGGCAAGGACGUGCAUACCCGUGUUCUCGACGACGAGACUGCAGCCUCGCAGGGCGUCAAGGAGAUCGACGACUACCGUGGUGUGGAAAUCUUCCCGCCGCAGGGUAGCUCGCACGGCGCCGUGUUCAGCAACACCUGGUACGAGGAUGAUGGUAUCUCGCAGCAACCCAAGACUGCGGUGUACACGCUCAGCUACAGCUCGACCGCGGAGACGGUCUUGGUGCACUUUGAGCGGGACGAGACCGCUGGCUUUGUGCCUGCGUGGAAGGAGUUGGAUAUCAUCCUGCACAAUGGCGAUACUCGCCGUGUUGUCACUAGCUCGGGCCAGGAGAUUGUUCACAAGGAGACUGAUUCUCGGGGCCGGGCUGUCUACACUGUUAAGGCUUGA